AAACAUUCAUUAAACGUUAAACAUCCAAAACUCAUUUUAAGUUUGAAUUUAUACAAAAAUUGGAUAUUUUUAACAAAUUUUCGUAUAAUGGAUGAAUUACAGAAAUUAGAGCAUUUGUCAUUAGUAUCAAAAAUAUGUACAGAAUUAGAAAACCAUUUAGGCUUAAACGACAAAGACUUAGCUGAAUUUAUUAUAGAUUUGGCUUUUAAAAACGAAACAAUAGAUAGUUUUAGAAAAGCAUUAAUAAAAAAUGGUGCUGAAUUUUCAGAUUCUUUUGUGGCCAAUUUACUUCGUAUAAUACAACAUAUGCAACCUUCUAUUUCUAAACAGUCGGAGAAAAGCUUAAAUAAUAAAACUGACAACACUGAUGUAUUGGCUUGUAAAUUUCCAGGUUUAGCUAUCCCUAAUGAUGAUAGUAAGAAAGAAAAUAAUCUAAUUAGUGAUACAAUGGCUGAGCUAGAAGCCCUUGCUCCAAUUAAAAAUGGUCAAAAUUCAACAAUUGAUGUUAUAAAAUCAUCAGAUUUUAAACGAUUAUCAAGAAGUCGGUCUAGAAGCUGUGAUCGAAAACGUAAAAGACAUUCUUCUAAACAUAGAAGUAAGAGUCGAGAAAGAAAAAAUAAUAGAAAUCAUGAUAAAAAUAAAGAUCGUAGCCGUGAUAGAAACAGAGAUCGUAGCCGUAAUAGACAUAGAGAUAAAAGUAGGAAUAAACAUAGAAAUAGAAGUCUUGAUAAACAUUACAGAGAAAAAAGUCAGGACCGAUCUAGAAAUAGGAGUAAAGACAGACAAAGAGAUCGAUCUCGCAAUCGUGAUAGAUCUGAUAGAAAUAACCAUCGUAACACUAGAAGAAGUAGAAGUAGAGAUGGUCAUAAGAAUGAUAAAGCAGUUGAACUCAAAAGUAAAUUCCCUGAAUUGGGAAGAAUUUAUUCCGGUAAAGUACUAAAUAUUGUGGACUUUGGCUGUUUUGUUCAACUUGAUACAUUCCGUCAGUCUCAAGGAUUGGUACAUAUAUCACAACUACGUCAAAAGGGCAGAGUUACAGCUGUUAGUGAUGUUGUCUCUAGAGGUGAUAAAGUCAUGGUUAAAGUAUUAUCUAUUAGUGGUAAUCAGAAAAUAUCCUUGUCAAUGAAAGAUGUUGAUCAAGAAACAGGAGAAGACUUAAACCCCAUGAUACAACUAGGCGAGGAUGAUGACGAAGACAUGAUGGGAGGACGUAAUCCUGACCGUCCUACUUCUUUAUUAGAAUUACAAACUGUGGAUGCUGAUGAAAUGACAAAUUUAAAACGGGUAAAUAAAAUAUCAUCUCCCGAACGAUGGGAAAUUAAACAAAUGUUAUCUGCAAACUGCAUCGAUAAAAGUGAACUUCCAGAUUUUGACGAAGAAACUGGUAUUCUUCCUAAAGAUAAUACAGAAGAAGAACAAGAUAUUGAAAUUGAAAUUGUUGAAGAUGAGCCUCCAUUUUUACAAGGACAUGGACGUAAUCUUCAUGAUCUUAGCCCCGUUCGUAUUGUUAAAAAUCCUGAUGGUUCCCUUGCACAAGCAGCUAUGAUGCAAAGUGCAUUAUCUAAAGAACGACGUGAACAGAAAAUGCUUCAACGAGAACAGGAAAUAGAUUCAGUACCUAAGAAUGUAACUAAAAACUGGAUUGAUCCUCUUCCAGAUAAUGAAGGUCGACAUCUUGCAUCUAACAUGAGAGGUAUUGGGUUGACUGCCCAAGAUGUCCCAGAAUGGAAAAAACAUGUUAUUGGUGGUAAAAAAAGUUCAUUUGGUAUGAAAACAAAUUUAAGUCUUUUAGAACAACGACAAAGUUUACCUAUUUAUAAAUUAAAAGAUGAACUUAUUAAGGCUGUAACUGAUAACCAAAUUCUAAUUGUUAUUGGAGAAACUGGUUCUGGUAAAACUACUCAAAUAACUCAGUAUUUAGCUGAAGCUGGGUUUACUUCAAGAGGAAAAAUUGGAUGUACUCAACCCAGGAGGGUAGCAGCCAUGUCAGUAGCAAAAAGAGUUGCAGAAGAAUUUGGUUGUAGAUUAGGUCAAGAAGUUGGUUAUACAAUUCGUUUUGAAGAUUGUACAAGUCCAGAAACUGCCAUAAAAUACAUGACUGAUGGUAUGUUACUGCGAGAGUGUUUAGUAGAUUUUGACUUAAAAAAUUAUUCAGUUGUCAUGUUGGAUGAAGCUCAUGAAAGAACCAUUCAUACUGAUGUGUUGUUUGGCUUAUUAAAACAAGCAGUUACGAAAAGAAAAGAAUUGAAACUUAUUGUGACUUCUGCCACUCUAGAUGCAGUUAAAUUUUCUCAAUAUUUCUUUGAAGCUCCUAUAUUCACAAUUCCUGGGCGUACAUUUCCUGUUGAAGUACUUUACACUAAAGAACCAGAAACUGAUUAUUUGGAUGCAUCUCUUAUAACUGUAAUGCAAAUACAUUUACGUGAACCACCUGGAGAUAUACUUCUUUUCUUGACUGGUCAAGAAGAAAUUGACACAGCUUGUGAAAUUUUAUAUGAAAGAAUGAAAUCACUAGGACCUGAUAUUCCAGAAUUAAUUAUUUUACCUGUAUAUUCUGCAUUACCUAGUGAAAUGCAAACAAGAAUUUUUGAAGCUGCACCUCCAGGUUCUAGAAAAGUGGUAAUAGCUACUAAUAUUGCUGAAACCUCUCUGACUAUUGAUGGUAUUUAUUAUGUAGUUGAUCCAGGAUUUGUUAAACAAAAAGUAUAUAAUUCUAAAACUGGAAUGGAUUCAUUGGUUGUUACACCUAUUUCACAGGCUCAAGCAAAACAAAGAGCUGGGCGUGCUGGUCGAACAGGUCCUGGUAAAUGUUAUAGAUUAUAUACUGAAAGAGCUUACAGAGAUGAAAUGUUACCAACUCCUGUACCAGAAAUCCAACGAACCAAUCUAGCUACUACGGUCUUACAAUUAAAAACCAUGGGAAUCAAUGAUUUACUUCAUUUUGAUUUUAUGGAUGCUCCACCAGUAGAAAGUUUAAUAAUGGCUUUAGAAUCAUUACAUUCUUUAAGUGCUUUAGAUGAUGAAGGUUUACUUACUAGACUUGGACGACGUAUGGCAGAAUUUCCAUUAGAACCAAACUUAUCAAAAAUGUUAAUUAUGUCAGUUCACCUACAGUGUUCAGAAGAAAUAUUAACUAUAGUAUCUAUGCUUUCUGUACAAAAUGUUUUCUAUAGACCUAAAGACAAACAAGCAUUAGCUGAUCAAAAAAAAGCAAAAUUUAAUCAAAUUGAAGGAGAUCAUCUGACAUUGCUAGCUGUGUACAAUUCAUGGAAAAAUAACAAAUUUAGUAAUGCAUGGUGUUAUGAAAAUUUUGUUCAAAUCCGUACUCUUAAACGAGCUCAAGAUGUUCGUAAACAACUGCUUGGUAUAAUGGAUAGACACAAAUUAGAUGUUGUAUCGGCUGGAAAAAAUACAGCCCGUGUACAAAAAGCCAUAUGUUCUGGAUUCUUCCGAAAUGCUUCAAAAAAAGAUCCUCAAGAAGGGUAUCGUACUCUAGUAGAUGGACAAACUGUUUAUAUACAUCCUAGCAGUGCUCUAUUUAAUCGACAACCUGAAUGGGUUAUGUAUCACGAAUUGGUUCAAACAACUAAAGAAUAUAUGCGUGAAGUAACAACAAUUGAUCCGAGAUGGUUGGUUGAAUUUGCACCAGCUUUCUUUAAGUUUUCUGAUCCUACUAAAUUAAGUAAAUUUAAGAAAAAUCAAAGACUUGAACCUCUUUAUAACAAAUAUGAAGAACCAAAUUCAUGGAGAAUUUCUAGAGUCAGAAGAAGAAGAAACUAAAUUCAUGGUUAUAAUUUAUACUUUGACAAAAAAAUGUAUAAUACUGUAUAAAUUUUUUUUUACAUUAUCACAAUAAAAUUAAAUCAUUUUACUGUUGCUGAUCUAGCAAACUGUACUA